AUGGCAUCAUUUUCUAAUUCAAAGAUAAUAUCUGAAAUAUCCUUAACUUGUCAAAGAGCAUAUAAAUCAUUAUCCAAAAAUAAUUCCGAUAAACCUAUAGGAAUUCAACAUAAAUUUGAAUGGACCAUUCUUGUUGGUAUUAUUGCCUGUCAUAUCACAGAUACUGGAGAACAUGAUUUGACGUGUAUUUCACUUGGAAGUGGAUUAAAAUGCCUACCACAAAGUAAACUUAGUAAAUUAGGAGAUUUGGUUCAUGAUAGUCAUGCCGAAGUAUUGGCCAAACGAGGAUUCGUAAAAUUUAUCGUGAAAGAAUUGGAAUUGGCUUUAACAUCCGAAUCAAGAUAUUUUCAGAUUAAUGAACAUUUUAAUAAUGAAACGGAGAACCAAGAUCAAAUUGGAAACAAACCAUUUUUACUAAAGGAUGAUAAAUUGAGUUUUCAUAUGUAUAUCAGUCAGGCACCUUGUGGUGAUGCGUCAACAACAAGUUUAGCUUCAAAUCAAUCUUUAGAAGAUGCUGAACUUUAUAUGAAUUCAUAUAAUCAUUUAUCGCAACCAAUCCCCCAAAAUUAUGAUCGUGAAAUUAACAAGAAUUUGAAUACUCAUGACAAAGUUUAUGUAGAGAAAGGAAGGGAAGGGUUUAGAAAGGGAAGGAUUGAUUACGACUCUUUAGGAGUUUUAAGAACAAAGCCGGGAAGGGUUGAUUCAGAACCAACUUUAUCGAUGUCAUGCAGUGACAAAAUAGCACAAUGGAAUGUCGUUGGUUUACAAUCUGCUCUAUUAUCUGAACUUAUCUCCCCAAUAUAUUUAUCUUCUAUCGUUGUGGGUGAUAUGUUCUCACAAGAAUCCUUGUCUCGUGCUUUGUGUGAACGGAUCGAAGGGUUGAAUGAUCUUCCACAUGAAUACUCUUUACAUAAACCAAUAAUUUCAAAGUCAAGCGAACCAUUUGAAAGAUCGAAAUUUUGUUUAUCGUCACGCUUUCCCAAUGAGAACUUGGUCUCAUCAAGUACAGCCUUAGUAUGGUAUAAAGGAGCGAGAUCUCCAGAAAUCCUUGUUUCUGGGAGAAAACAAGGUGCUAUUAAAUCAAAAAAAACAGGAGAAUACUCACAUAAAACUCGAUGUUCGGUUGCAAAAUUAUGUUUAUUUCAAAGUUUAGAUUCAUUAUUAAGACAAAUUCCUAGGAAUUUGGUACCAUUUAAUUUAAGGUAA